AUGGCCGCUCCAAACAUACUGCUCAGCACUGGUUUUUGCACCAGCAAACAGUAUCUGGAAGCGCAGUGGCACACAUGUCUGCAGACGCUCGAGGGCCACGGCGACCGGGUCAGCUCGGUCGCGUUCUCGCCCGCCUCGCGGCUCGUGGCGUCGGGCUCAGACGACAGGACGGUCCGGCUCUGGUCGGCCGAGACGGGGGCGCUGCAGCAGACGCUCGAGGGCUUCCCAUUGCUACGCGAGGCAGUCCCUAUAAGAGACAGUGUAAGAAGACCAUCCUGCGAUGACCCUUGA